GGAGUAAGCUUGAAGUGAAAAACUAAACCCAGACCCCCCUCCUCCCUCCACCUCCUUCCACCUCCUCCUCUGUUCUCCUCCUAUAUUGUUUUUCGGAGCGCUUUUGGGGGUAUUUGGCGCAUCGGGGGCGAGGCGCGAACAGGAAUCGGGAUCGCAAAAGUGAUUGAUAGGAGACAUUGCGGCGCGCGCAUCCGCCUGAGCAUGGCGGCGCACAAGCCCGUGGAAUGGGUCCAGGCCAUCAUUAAUAGAUUCGACGAACAGCUCCCUAUUAAAACAGGACAACAGAGCACCCACACCAAAGUGAGCACAGAGCACAACAAAGAAUGUCUGAUAAACAUCUCUAAGUACAAAUUUGCCCUCGUCAUCAAUGGCCUGACCAACAUACUCAAAAAUGUGAACAAUAUGCGGAUUUUCGGCGAAGCUGCCGAGAAGAACCUCUACCUCUCCCAGUUGAUUAUUCUGGACACACUGGAGAAAUGUCUGGCAGGGCAACCCAAGGACUGCCUGAGGCUGGAUGAGGCCAUGUUGGUGAAGCAGUUGUUGCCUGAGAUCUGUCACUUCCUGCACUCAUACCGUGAGGGCCAGCAGCAUGCUGCUCAGCUACGCAGCUCAGCAUCAGCCGUGCUCUUUUCCCUUAGUUGCAACAACUUUAAUGCCGUCUUCAGUCGUAUCUCCACCAGAUUGCAGGAACUCACAGUUUGCACAGAGGACACAGUGGAUGUCCAUGACAUUGAACUAAUACAGUAUAUCAAUGUAGACUGCUCUAAGUUAAAGAGACUGCUACAAGAAACGGUACUCAAAUUCAAAUCUUUGAAAAAGCCAGCGCAACUUUCAGUAAUCAGCAGUUUGGAAAAGGCCUUCUGGAACUGGGUGGAACACUACCCUGAUGAGUUCACGAAGCUCUAUCAGAGACCCCAGGCAGACAUGGCCGAUUGUGCAGAAAAGCUGUUCGACCUGGUUGACAGCUUUGCGGAGAGUGCGAAAAGGAAGGCUGCGGUGUGGCCGCUACAGAUCAUCCUCCUCAUCCUCUGCCCAGAGAUUACUCAGAGUAUCACCAAAGAAGUGGGGGGAGAGGAGAAAGCCAACAAGAAGUCUUUUGUGGACAGUCUGCGGAAGGCUCUGGGACAGCACAGCAGCAGCAGACAGUUGACCGAAAGUGCAGCCGUUGCUUGUGUAAAACUGUGCAAAGCCUGCACUUACAUCAGCUGGGAGGACAAUUCAGUCAUCUUUCUCCUUGUUCAGUCCAUCGUCAUGGACCUUAAGGGUCUCCUGUUUAACCCCACUAAGCCAUUCUCGAGGGGUGCGGGCUGUCAGAGUGCCGAUGUGGAUCUCAUGAUCGACUGCUUUGUGUCAUGCUAUCGUAUAAAUCCUCGUAACAACCAGCACUUUAAGGUCUGUCUGGCCUCAACAUCUCCUCCUACCUUCCAUUUCGUCCUGGUUAAUUCACUGCACAAAAUUAUCACUAAUUCUCACCUGGACUGGUGGCCAAAGAUCGACGCCAUCUACUGUUACUCAGGAGAACUGCGCACCAUGUUUGCCGACACACUUGGCAGAGUAAUUCAGAGUCUCAGUGCACAUCCACCUCUGAGGACGACAUCAAGUAUGACUUUAAAGGAGAAAAUGACAACCAGUUUAAAGUUCAAAGAGAGGUCGACAGAUCUUGACUCCCGUUCUCUGCUGCUGGCCCUGGUCAAACUCAUUCAUGCCGACCCCAAACUAAUGCUGCAUAAUCCAGGAAAACCUGGUCAGGAAAUCCAGAACAGCACAACUGAGCUCAUCAAAGGUCUGGUCAAGCUGGUUCCUCUUACACACAGCACAGAGCUCUCACAGGAAGCCAUGGAGGCGCUUUUGGCAUUACAUCAACCAGAAACCAUUGAGCAGUGGAAUCCUGAUGCACCCAUCGAAACCUUCUGGGACAUCAGCUCUGAGGUGUUAUUCCUGAUCUGUAAGAAGCUGAUUGGCCAUCCAAUGAUCAACAGUACAGAGAUACUGAAGUGGCUCAGGGAGAUUCUCAUAUGCAGGAACAAGUUCCUCCUCAAGAACAAGGAGUUUGCUACACAGGGCAGUCUCAUCCCCAUAGGUAGACAGGCUCAGACUAAACUGGAGGUGUGUCUUUACACUUUCCUGUGGAGCCCUGACGCUGAGGCUGUGCUGGUGGCCAUGUCCUGCUUUCGCCAUCUCUGUGAGGAGGCAGACAUCCGCUGCAGUGUGGAUGAACUGCCAAUGCACACUGUCCUUCCCAACUACAACACCUUCAUUGAGCUUGCGUCUGUCAGCAAUAUGAUGGCUACAGGCCGAAACACCCUUCAGAAGAGAGUGAUGGCCCUGUUGAGGAGGAUAAAACACCCUACAGCUGGGAACAUUGAGGCAUGGGAAGACACAUAUUUAAAAUGGGAGCAAGCUACUAAACAGAUACUCAACCACCCAAAAAACAAAGUUGAAGAUGGACAGGAGUGGAUCAACAUGACUGGUUUCUUGUGCGCUCUGGGAGGGGUGUGUCUCCAGCAGCGCAGCACACCCAGCCUGGGCACCUACAGUCCUCCCAUGGGCCCUCUGGCCGAACGCAAGGGCUCCAUGAUUUCCAUUGGCUCAUGCGAAGUGAACAGUGAGACGUCUCUCAACAGGUUCAUAGAGCGUCUGCUGGCUCUAAUGAUCUGUACGCAUGAGAAGGUGGGCGUGCAGAUUCGCACUAACGUCAAAGACCUGGUGGGACUAGAGCUCAGUCCAGCGCUCUACCCCAUGCUAUUCACCAAACUACGCAACAGCAUCGGGCGAUUCUUUGAUACCCAGGGCCUGGUUCCCAUUACAGACACUAACACACUGUUCGUAGAGCAGACCAUUGCUAUUAUGAAGAAUCUGCUAGACAGUCACACUGAAGGAAGUUCUGAGCAUCUUGGCCAGGCCAGCAUUGAGACCAUGAUGCUCAACCUGGUCAGAUAUGUGCGUAUUUUAGGAAAUAUAGUUCAUGCCAUUCAGAUCAAAACCAAACUGUGUCAGUUAGUAGAGGUGAUGAUGGAACGCAGGGAUGACCUCUCCUUCUGUCAAGAGAUGAAGUUCAGAAAUAAAAUGGUGGAGUACCUUACUGACUGGGUGAUGGGCACCUCCAAUCAAGCAGCAGAUGAUGAUGUUAAAUGCCUCACCCGGGAUCUGGAUCAGGCAAGUAUGGAGGCAGUGGUCUCUUUGUUAGCCGGUCUUCCUCUGCAGCCUGAGGAGGGUGAUGGUGUGGAGCUCAUGGAGGCCAAAUCUCAGCUCUUCCUGAAGUACUUCACUCUGUUCAUGAACCUGUUGAAUGACUGCAGUGAAGUUGAGGAAGAUGGACAGCAGGUGGCGGGUAGGAAACGUGGCAUGUCUAGGCGACUGGCUUCUCUGCGGCACUGUACAGUGCUGGCCAUGUCCAACCUACUCAAUGCUAAUGUGGACAGCGGCCUCAUGCAUUCUAUUGGUCUUGGGUAUCAUAAGGACUUGCAGACACGGGCCACAUUCAUGGAGGUACUCACUAAGAUCCUUCAGCAGGGGACAGAAUUUGACACAUUAGCAGAAACUGUGCUGGCUGACCGCUUUGAACGAUUGGUAGAGCUGGUCACAAUGAUGGGAGAUCAGGGGGAGCUGCCCAUUGCCAUGGCACUGGCCAAUGUAGUGCCAUGCUCCCAAUGGGAUGAGCUGGCCAGGGUGUUGGUGACACUGUUUGACUCUCGACAUCUGCUUUAUCAACUGCUGUGGAACAUGUUCUCAAAAGAAGUGGAGCUGGCUGACUCCAUGCAGACCCUCUUCAGAGGCAAUAGCCUGGCCAGCAAGAUCAUGACCUUUUGCUUUAAGGUGUAUGGUGCUGCUUAUCUGCAGAAGCUUCUGGAACCGCUCUUGAGAGGAAUAAUCACCACACCAGAGUGGCAGCAAAUUAGUUUUGAAGUGGACUCCACCAGGCUAGAACAAGCAGAGAACCUGGAGGAGAACCAGAAGAACCUGUUGCAGAUCACUGACCGCUUCUUUCUGGCCAUCAUCAACUCUUCCAGCGAGUUUCCUCCUCAGCUGCGCAGCGUGUGCCACUGUCUGUAUCAGGCUACUUGCCACUCCCUUCUGAAUAAAGCCACUGUAAAAGAAAAAAAGGAAAACAAAAAAUCCGUGGUCAGUCAGCGGUUUCCUCAGAACAGUAUUGGUGCGGUAGGAAGUGCCAUGUUCUUGCGCUUCAUUAACCCCGCUAUAGUUUCUCCAUAUGAGGCAGGCAUUCUUGACAAGAAGCCUCCACCUCGGAUUGAGCGUGGCCUCAAACUCAUGUCUAAGAUUCUCCAGAGCAUUGCUAAUCAUGUACUCUUCACGAAAGAGGAGCACAUGCGGCCCUUUAAUGAUUUUGUAAAAAGCAACUUUGAUGCAGCCAGAAGGUUCUUCCUGGAUAUUGCAUCUGAUUCUCCUCCGAGUGACUCGGUCAACCACAGUCUGUCAUUCUUAAGUGACAGCAAUGUGCUCGCUCUACACCGCCUUUUAUGGAACAACCAGGAGAGGAUCGGCCAGUACUUGUCCAGCAACAGGGACCACAAAGCUGUUGGCCGCAGACCAUUUGACAAGAUGGCUACCCUCCUGGCGUAUCUGGGACCUCCUGAACAUAAACCAAUGGCUGAUACUCACUGGUCCAGCCUCAACCUCACCAGCUCAAAGUUUGAGGAGUUUAUGACAAGGCAUCAAGUCCAUGAAAAGGAAGAAUUCAAAGCUUUAAAGACACUCAACAUUUUUUACCAAGCUGGCACAUCAAAGAUUGGCAAUCCUGUUUUUUAUUACAUUGCCCGCAGGUUUAAAACCGGACAAAUCAAUGGCGAUCUUCUAAUCUUCCACGUGCUGCUGACCCUCAAGCCUUAUUAUGCCAAACAUUAUGAGAUCGUAGUAGACCUCACCCAUGUUGGCCCCAGUAACCGCUUCAAGACAGACUUUUUGUCCAAGUGGUUUGUGGUCUUUCCCAACUUCGCCUAUGAGAACGUGGCUGCCGUCUACAUAUACAACUGCAACACCUGGGUGCGAGAGUACACCAAAUACCAUGAGCGGCUACUGACUGGUCUGAAGGGGAGCAAGAAGCUGCUGUUUAUAGACACACCAGCACGUCUAGCCGAACACAUAGAACCCGAGCAGCAGAAGCUUCCCGCUGCUACCCUGGCACUGGAGGAGGACCUAAAAGUGUUCCACAAUGCCCUAAAACUGGCACAUAAAGACACAAAGGUGUCGAUUAAGGUGGGCUCAACAGCCGUACAGGUAACCUCAGCCGAACGGACGCGUGUCCUGGGACAACCUGUUUUCCUGAACGACAUAUAUUACGCUUCAGAGAUCGAAGAGAUUUGCUUGGUAGAUGAGAACCAGUUCACUCUGACCAUCGCUAACCAGGGCACCCCUCUCACAUUCAUGCACCAGGAGUGCGAAGCCAUUGUCCAGUCCAUCAUCCACAUCCGCACACGCUGGGAGCUCUCCCAACCAGACUCCAUCCCUCAGCACACCAAGAUAAGGCCUAAAGAUGUUCCAGGCACCUUGCUUAACAUCGCCCUACUAAACCUGGGAAGCUCGGACCCAAGUUUAAGGUCAGCUGCAUACAAUCUCCUCUGUGCCUUAACUUGCACCUUUAACCUGAAGAUAGAAGGUCAGCUCCUGGAAACGUCUGGCUUGUGCAUCCCAGCCAACAACACCCUUUUUAUUGUGUCCAUUAGCAAAACAUUAGCAGCCAAUGAACCCCAUCUCACUCUGGAGUUCCUGGAAGAGUGCAUCUCUGGCUUCAGCAAAUCAAGUAUUGAGCUAAAGCACCUGUGUUUGGAGUAUAUGACUCCUUGGCUGCGUAAUUUAGUACGCUUCUGUAAACACAACGACGAUGCUAAACGACAGCGUGUCACGGCUAUUCUGGAUAAGCUCAUCACUAUGACCAUAAAUGAGAAACAGAUGUACCCCUCCAUACAGGCAAAGAUAUGGGGCAGCUUGGGACAGAUAACAGACUUACUUGACGUGGUGUUGGAUAGCUUCAUAAAGACCAGUGCAACUGGGGGUUUGGGAUCCAUAAAGGCUGAAGUUAUGGCUGACACAGCUGUAGCUCUGGCUUCAGGAAAUGUCAAGCUGGUGUCCAGCAAGGUAAUAGGCCGAAUGUGUAAGAUCAUCGAUAAGACGUGCCUGUCUCCCACCCCCACUCUGGAGCAGCACCUGAUGUGGGACGAUAUCGCCAUCCUGGCCCGUUAUAUGCUCAUGCUGUCCUUCAACAACUCCCUAGAUGUGGCUGCUCAUCUGCCCUACUUGUUCCAUAUCGUCACCCUACUGGUGGCCACUGGCCCGCUGUCCCUCAGAGCAUCAACACACGGCCUAGUUAUUAACAUAAUCCAUUCGCUCUGCACCUGCUCACAACUCAACUUUAGUGAGGAAACUAAACAGGUGCUGCGAUUGAGUCUCACUGAAUUCUCUCUGCCCAAAUUCUACCUGCUGUUUGGCAUCAGUAAGGUGAAAUCUGCAGCAGUUAUUGCCUUCCGCUCCAGCUACAGAGACCGCUCUUUCUCUCCCGGCUCCUAUGAAAGAGAGACCUUUGCACUGUCCUCACUGGAAACUGUAACAGAGGCCCUACUGGAGAUCAUGGAGGCUUGUAUGAGGGACAUUCCUGGAUGCAAAUGGCUGGAUCAGUGGACUGAAUUAGCUCAAAAGUUUGCCUUCCAGUAUAAUCCGUCUCUACAGCCGCGGGCUCUGGUGGUGUUCGGCUGCAUCAGUAAACGUGUGACCCACGGGCAGCUCAAACAGAUCAUUCGUAUUCUCAGUAAAGCCAGUCCUCUGCUCAGCAUUGACCGGGGGUUGGAGAGCUGCUUAAAGGGGCCGGAUAAUUACAACAGCCAAGUUCUCAUCGAGGCCACAGUCAUCGCACUUACCAAACUACAGCCUCUGCUCGAUCAGGAUUCUCCAAUGCAUAAAGCUCUGUUCUGGGUGGCUGUGGCUGUGCUUCAGUUGGAUGAAGUGAAUCUAUACUCUGCCGGUACCGCCCUACUGGAGCAGAACCUGCAUACUCUGGACAGCCUCCGGGUGUUUAAUGACAAGAGUCCAGAGGAGGUCUUCAUGGAGAUACGGAAGCCUCUGGAAUGGCACUGUAAACAAAUGGACCAUUUUGUUGGACUCAACUUUUCCUCCAAUUUCAAUUUUGCAUUAGUAGGGCACUUGCUCAAAGGAUACAGACAUCCCUCUUCCACCACGGUGGCCAGAACGGUUCGUAUCCUUCACACGCUCCUGGGUUUGGUAGGGAAACACCGCAGUUGUGAUAAGUUUGAGGUGAACAUACAGAGUGUGGCCUAUCUAGCAGCUUUGCUCACAGUAUCUGAGGAAGUGAGGAGCCGCUGCAGUCUAAAGCACAGGAAGUCGUUAUUGCUUUCGGAUGUUACCAUGGAAAACUUCCCCAUGGACACAUACUCGGUGUACGAUAACGAGGCUGGAUGCAGGCCCUGGGCUUCUCCUAAUGUGUCAGAGCGCAGCAUCGCACCACAGUACUCAGCCAUGGGCCAGACCAGCCUUCGCCCACGCAAGUCCAUGAGUGUGGACAUGGGCCAACCGUCACAGGCCAACACAAAGAAAUUACUGGGCACCAGAAAGAGUUUUGAUCAUCUCAUUUCUGACUCAAAAGCCCCAAAGAGGCCAGAUAUGGAAUCAGGCAUCACUACUCCUCCAAAGAUGAGGCGGGUUUCUGAAAAUGACUAUGAGAUCGAAACCCAACGCAUGGCCAACUCACACUUACGCAAAGUGUCCAUGUCUGAAUCAAAUGUUCUCCUGGAUGAGAAAGUUCUCACAGACCCAAAGAUACAGACUUUACUACUCACUGUGCUGGCGACGCUGGUUAAAUACACUACAGAUGAGUUUCAUCAGCGAAUCCUGUACGAGUAUUUGGCUGAGGCCAGUGUGGUAUUCCCCAAGGUCUUUCCUGUAGUUCAUAACCUGCUGGACUCCAAGAUCAGCACCGUCCUCUCCAUGUGCCAGGACCCCAACCUCCUGAACCCCGUUCAUGGCAUCAUUCAGAAUGUGGUGUAUCAUGAGGAGUCUCCUCCGCAGUACCAGCCGUCCUGCUUACAGAGCUUCGGUUUCAAUGGACUCUGGAGGUUUGCCGGGCCCUUCUCUAAGCAAACCCAAAUUCCAGACUAUGCCGAACUCGUGGUCAAGUUUCUGGAUGCUUUGAUUGACACCUACCUUCCCGGGAUCGAGGAAGAAGGGGGGGAGGAGUCAUUGCGAACGCCCACCUCGCCAUAUCCUCCCACUGUCCAAAGCCAGCUCAGCAUCACUCAGAAUCUCAACCUCUCCAACUCCAUGACAUCACUCGCCACCUCACAGCACUCACCAGAGGGCCCUAUAGUUUAUAGACGGUCCCCAACUCUCUCCCAUCCACGAACCACAGAGGAGGUGCCACCGAAAACAGCUGCCUGUCUGCCUUGCUCUAAGUCGGCCGUAUUCCCACCCCACCUCGUCCUUCCAGGCAUUGACAAGGAGAAUGUCGAAAUUCCUCCCACCUCAAGUCUCUCCACCAGCGGGCGAGCACGGCAUGGGUCAGCCAGCCAGGUACAGAAACAGCGCAGUGCAGGCAGCUUCAAACGGCCAAGCAUCAAAAAGAUCGUCUGAGAAGAUUUGAGGUGUUUCCACUCACCCUGAGGCCAUCGUACUUCUUCACUAAUCCUUUGUUUUCUGUUUCCGUCCAGUUUAACAAGGUUCCUGCAUCAAAAAACCACUUGAGUUUGUUUUUGAAAUUUUUAUUUAUUUAU